UGAUGCCAAAGAUGUCUGCAUGCAAAAACAGUUGGAUGAGGAUGAUCCUUCACUAGCAAACCAGAAAAUACAAGUAUCAGCGGCCGGCCAGUUGUAAAUUCACAUGGCUCCGGAACCGGUUCAGCGAAAAUUCAGUUGCUUUAGAUAGCAUCCGUGCCAAGAGCUUCCCGUAAAGGUAUUUCAGAUGUCUUCAGUUGACAGUACAAACCCUGUUUCAACGUGACAGUUCUUCUUCAGCUGCAGCAGCAGUGUGUCUACGCUGCUGCAACCCGGCGGCUGCACCUGCUACAGCAAAGAUUCCGAAGACAAGAACAACUCACUGGACCGUGCGGCAGGCUCGAGCCAGCCUACCACAUGCGGGCGUGGGGCCCCGCCCCGGCGCUAUAAAUCUCCGCCCCGUGUCGUGGCCGCCGCCAAUUCAGCAGCAGCAGCACACGCCUCCCUUCUUCCACCUCAUCAGGUAGUGGCCUCGCUCUUGGGCGGGCGACCUCCAGAUGGCGUUCACGGCGGCCGUCCUAGCACUGCUGCUCUCGGCGCUCGCGGCGGCGGCGUCGGCGCAGCUGGACGUGAAGUUCUACAGCCAGUCGUGCCCCAGCGUGGAGGACGUCGUCCGGAAGGAGAUGGUGCGCGCGCUCGCCGCCGCGCCCAGCCUCGCCGGGCCGCUCCUCCGGAUGCACUUCCACGACUGCUUCGUCAGGGGCUGCGAUGGCUCGGUCCUCCUGGACUCCACCGCCGGCAACACGGCGGAGAAGGACGCGAAGCCGAACCUGACGCUGCGUGGCUUCGGGUUCAUCGAGCGGGUCAAGGCCGCCGUGGAGAAGGCCUGCCCGGACACCGUCUCCUGCGCCGACGUGCUGGCGCUCAUGGCCAGGGACGCCGUGUGGCUGAGCAAGGGCCCGUUCUGGGCGGUGCCCCUCGGCCGGCGCGACGGCCGGGUGUCCAUCUCCAACGAGACCGACCAGCUGCCGCCGCCCUCGGGCAACUUCACCGAGCUGACGCAGCUCUUCGCCGCCAAGAACCUCGACGCCAAGGACCUCGUCGUCCUCUCCGCCGGCCACACCAUCGGCACCUCGCACUGCUUCUCCUUCUCGGACCGGCUCUACAACUUCACGGGCAUGGACAACGCCCGCGACACCGACCCGGCGCUGGACCCGCUCUACAUGGCGCGGCUCCGCGCCAAGUGCCCCAGCCUCGACGACAACACCACGCUGGUGGAGAUGGACCCGGGCAGCUUCAAGACCUUCGACCUCAGCUACUACGGCCACGUGGCCAGGCGCAGGGGCCUCUUCCACUCCGACGGCGCGCUGCUCACCGACCCCUUCACCCGCGCCUACGUGCUCCGCCACGCCGGCGGCGCCCACGGGGAGGAGUUCUUCGCCGACUUCGCCGCGUCCAUGGUGAAGAUGGGCUCCGUCGAGAUGCUCACCGGCACCCAGGGCGAGAUUAGGAAGAAGUGCAGCGUGGUGAACUGACCUGACUGGCAGGCGAUCGAUCAUCGAUGGACUGUUAGUAUGUGCAGGUGCAUCGUCAGUCAGUAUGACAGUAUGGGUUCAGGCUUCAGACUUUUUGGUUUCAGAUGUACGACGAGUUUUACCUCCGUGUUCUUAAUCUCUCUUUUUUUUCACUGCAUUGAUUGAUUACGUUACAGCCCUUGUAUGUAUGUAAAUCUCCCUCCUCUUCAGGAUCAGGAUCUGAUGAUGAUACAAUACUAUAAACCCUUUUGAUCUGUCGAUUA